UAAAUUGAUGAAAGGGUUGAAGGGUUAAAUUGAAGGAACAUGAUUCGAUACCUACUUGAAGUAUGCUAGGCUUACGGUGAAGCAUGAUUUGGCUAUGUUAAAUGCCAUUUUAGCAUGUUAUAAAAAAAGACAAUUUAGAUUUGGCAAGUGGAAGUAUGUUUUAAGAUUAGAAGACGUGCGUAGGAUAACUGGAUUGCCGAUAGAUGGCAAUCCAGUUACCAAUAGCAAUCUAGAUUCUAGAGAACUCGCUUGGACAAUUUUUGGAAUGGUUGAGUGCAAUAAAGGAACGAAGUGUAGUCUUUCAUGGUUAAAGUCAAAUUUUGAAGUUGUUCCUACUCAACUAGAUGCAAAGGAGAUUGACAAAUAUGUAAUAGCAUAUAUGUUGUACGUGUUGAGAACUUGCAUUUUGCCAGACAAAAGCAGAGAUAAGGUGUGGCUCCUGUAUCUUCACAACACACUUGAAAAUGUGAAGACUUAUGCAUUUGGGGCAGCAAUGCUGGCACAUCUCCAAAAUGCUAUAGAAGAUUUUUCAGAGAGCCCGAAAAGUAAACGCUUUGUUGGAGAUGCUGCAUUUCUAACAGUAAAUAUUAAUUUCAUGCCUUAAAAAAAAAUAGAGUAUGAAAGGUAUUCUUUCGAAGGCCUUAAAUUUUUUCAGGUUGCUAUAAUGGAGUAUAUCCCGGAGCGUGCUUAUAAACUCAUGAAAAGAAAUGAUUUUGCCAAACCUGAUAAAUUCCCUUUGCUCAUCGGAUGGGGAGAGGUGUACAAGCAAAGGCUGGAAAGCAAGUACAAGGCUUCUAUGGAAGAGUAUGUUGAUGUGCUGAAGAAUAUUGAAGAGGUUACAUGGCAGCCAUAUGCAAGGCUUACUGAGUCCUUGCCGGAUUGUUUAAAACCUCAAUUGAUCAUGCGUUUGAGUAGAACAGUCAUGAUCUGUUUUAACUACGUGGCUUACCAUCGCCCCGACAAAUGCAUAAAGAAGUUUGGCUUCCACAAAGUUGAUUUUAGUGCUUGCUGCCAGGUGAAGUCAUACCAAUCAAAAGCUAUGAGUGGGCCAGGGUAAGUAUAUUAUUCUAAGAAACAUUACGUACUGGAUUGGGAGUGCAGACAUAUAUGUUUGAUACAAUGCAUUGAUGUUCUGGCCAACUCUCCAACACCUGAUUUGGAUGAACCCAAUCCCAACAGUUUUGCUAUGUGCAGCCCUACAACACCUGUUAUAUAUAUUGCAAAAUUGGUGAUGGCAUAUAGAAAAUUUACUGAUAUCCAUGCUCUAUAAUAUCACCGUUAUUGGUACAUGUUACUUAAUUUUCUAAAUGGCUUUGCAAAUGUUUGAUUUUUUGGUUUUUUGUCUUAAAAUGAGGAUGCACCUGUACCUGGACACACUGCCACUCCCUCUCCCUCUGCCUUCAUGCCCGCUUCCUUUGGACACACUGCCACUCUCUCUCAACACACUGCCACUCCCUCUCCCUCUGCCUUCAUGCCCGCUUCCUUUGGACACACUGCCACUUUCUCUCAACACACUGCCACUCCCUCUCCCUCUGCCUUCAUGCCCACUUCUUUGGACACACUCCCACUCCCUCUCUAAUGGAAGAAGAUGGAUGGUCAGAGGCUCAAGUUAACAUAGAGGAUGAAGAGGUCCGAACUUCAGAGGCUCAAGUCCGAACUUCACAGGCUCAAGCUUGUAUUACCCAAAAUACUCAAGCUGUGCAAACCCCACCUUCACAGCUUGUAUUUUCAGUCAUAGACCAGGAGGCAGAGCCCUCCACCUUGCCUAGGCCAGUUCCGCAGCAUAAUUCUACUGCUGACCCGUCAACAUCUCAUAUACAAGAUGUGCAGACCCCACCUUCACAGCAUGCAUCUUCAGUCAUAGACCAGGAGGCAGAGCCCUCCACCUUGCCUAGGCCAGUUCCGCAGCAUAGUUCUACUGUUGACCCCUCAACAUCUCAUCAGGCAUCUCCAUCAUGCAAUCCUCCGCUACCGGGAUCUCAAGAUCAACAAUCUGCUGCAGCACCAGCAGAAGUUGCAGAAGCGGCAAAACCACCAGUCUUCAAUUCAUCGCCUUCCAUAGCUACCAACUCAAAAUCUGAAAACAACCCAUUAUCACAGUUGGUCGAUGCCAUACGCUUCAUGUUAGAUCCAAAGGUUAAAGAGCGUGCUGUUGAAAUUGGCGAGGCCAUGGAUGUCGAAGAUGGGGUGACAGGAGCAGAGAAUGUCUUUCAUAGACACUUUCCUCACAAUAUAUCUGAGGAUAAACCCGAGUCAUUGCCAGCUAGAAGAGGCUUAUUUUUCAUCAGGAGAUGUUUUGGCUACUCCUCCUACACAUGAUUCUUCACUAGUCCACAGCCAUGUUUUCUUCGUAUUAUGUGCAAGACAUCAGAAAUGUAAAGUUCUGAUAUCCUCUUACUAGGUUACUUUGACAUUACAUCGUUUUUGUUUUGCUCGUCAUACAAAUCUUCUACAGAUGACUUUGUUUUCAUUAUUAAAAAGAAAAAAAAUGCAUAUUGACCACACACAAAA